UACUAUAUCGAUAUGCCUUGACACGCGUACAAGUUCAUGUGUUAAGGCAUCGGUGGAACCUAGUGUACAUCGAAUCGAUGUCGACUCAAUGUCGAUUUGAUUAUUUUAUUGUCGAAUCGACGUCGGUUCGAGUUGAUGAUUUCGACAUCGAACCGACGACGUUGAUUUCGUUAUCAUUUCUCACUGAGUAGAGUGUAUCACAAUUUUAUUCGUGAUGUAAUUGAAUCAUUGUUGCUUAUUAUUUGUCCAAGUUUUAGAAAACUGUAACGCAAACGGUUCAUUCUACGACUCAAACAAUGGAGGUAACGAUGGAAGAGGAAAAUCAGAAAAUGAUGGCAGUGUGGCCGGACCUUGUUCGUGAUAUCACGGAAGCAGCUAUGAUAUUAAACAUUCCAGAUGUUGCUAAAUGGAUGGAAAAAGUAUUGGAAUAUAAUGUCCCAAAUGGAAAGAAAAUACGUGGCUUAACACUAAUUUGUGUCUAUAAAUCGCUGGUACCUAACGAUCAACUGACAGAAGAUAACAUUCGCUUAGCACAGAUUUUGGCAUGGUGUGUGGAAAUGAUGCAAGCCUAUCUUCUCGUGCUCGAUGACAUUCAAGAUCAGUCGUUAUUUCGUCGAGGUCAACCAUGUUGGCAUCGAUACAAUAAUAUCGGUGAAGCGGCUGUAAAUGAUGGUGUUUUAUUAGAAAGUGCUAUGUAUUACAUACUUCGAAAACAUUUCCAAGGGAAAGAAAGUUAUUGUAAUCUAGUAGAAACUUUCCAGGAUGCCAUAUUCAAGACACUAAUGGGUCAGUGUUUAGAUUUGAAUUCAACCAACUUCGACAAGAAGCCCAAUCUGAAUCUAUUUACGAUGGACCGACUUAAUUCUGUUAUUAAAUUCAAAACGGCGCAUUAUACGUACGUUUUGCCAAUAAUCGCAGCUAUGCAUUUAGCUGGAAUAAAAGAUUCUGAAAUGUUCAAUCAAGCACAGGCCAUCUUAUUAGAGAUAGGACGUUUGUUCCAAGUGCAAGACGAUUAUUUAGAUUGCUUUGGGGAUUCCAACGUUAGUGGCAAAAAUAGUACUGACAUACAGGACGGAAAAUGUACGUGGCUGAUUGUUGUAGCUCUUCAACGCGCGACUCCAGAACAACGUAAAAUUUUAGAAGAAUCUUAUGGAGUUUCGGAUCAGGAAAAAACAAGACGAGUGAAACAGCUGUUUAAUGAUUUGGAUUUGCCUAACACUUAUUUUAAAUAUGAAGAAGAGACAUAUAAUCUACUAAAUAAACACAUACAGCAGAUAUCAUGCGGACUUCCACACAGUCUUUUCUUCAACUUAUUGCAGAAAAUUUACCGAAGGACGUCAUGAAAACAUCGUUUGUAAAAAAUUGUUUUGCUUUGAAGAAAUAAAUUGCAUUAAUAUAUGUUAACUUUGUAGAUUUGAAAAUUAGAAUAAAAUAAAUUAAAACAUU